CCAGUGCUAGGCGUUCCUACAGCUGAGCGCCCAGACCGCACGGGCGAGUCCCGCAGGGCAGGGGCGGCGCGGUGCCCGGGUUCUCGCACUUGGCGGACCGAUGUGCCCGGGUGUCGGGGCGCGUGGACCUGGGCUCGGGUGAAGCUCUGGGAAAGGGCAACACGGCGGCGACGAGAUGCAAGCGGAGGAGCCCUGCGCCCCUGGUGCCCCGAGAAGCCAGCGCGCACCCAGUCCCGAGCCGCGCCUGUCCAGCCAGCUGCUGCCCGAGCUCUACACUUUCGUGGCGCGAGUGCUGUUCUACCUGGCUCCCGUCUACCUGGCCGGCUACCUGGGGCUCAGCAUAACCUGGCUGCUGCUCGGCGCUGUGCUGUGGAUGUGGUGGCGCAGGAACCGCCGCGGGAAGCUUGGGCGCCUGGCGGCCGCCUUCGAAUUCCUAGACAACGAACGCCAGUUCAUUAGCCGCGAGCUGCGGGACCAGCACCUGCCGGCCUGGAUCCACUUCCCGGAUGUGGAGCGCGUCGAGUGGGCCAACAAGAUCAUCUGUCAGACCUGGCCCUACCUGAGCAUGAUCAUGGAAAACAAGUUCCGGGAGAAACUCGAGCCCAAGAUCCGGGAGAAGAGCGUCCACCUGAGGACCUUCACCUUCACCAAGCUCUACUUUGGACAGAAGUGCCCCCGGGUCAACGGGGUCAAGGCGCACACUAACCAGCGCAACCGAAGACGGGUGGUCCUGGACCUGCAGAUAUGCUACAUUGGGGACUGUGAGAUCAGUGUGGAGCUGCAGAAGAUCCAGGCUGGUGUGAGUGGGAUUCAGUUGCAGGGCACGCUGCGGGUCAUCCUGGAGCCCCUCCUGGUGGACAAGCCCUUCGUGGGAGCCGUGACCGUGUUCUUCCUCCAAAAGCCGCAUCUGCAGAUCAACUGGACAGGCCUGACCAACCUGUUGGAUGCGCCAGGAAUCAAUGAGGUGUCAGACAGCCUGCUGGAGGACCUCAUUGCCGCCCACCUGGUGCUGCCCAACCGUGUGACUGUGCCUGUGAAGAGGGGGCUGGAUGUGACCACCCUGCUCUUCCCUCUGCCCUGCGGAGUGCUCAGAGUCCACUUGCUGGAGGCGGAGCAGCUGGCUCAGAAGGACAGCUUCCUAGGGGUCCGAGGCAAGUCAGACCCCUACGCCAAGGUGAGCAUUGGCCUACAGCAUUUCCGGAGUAGGACCAUCUACAAGAACCUGAACCCCACCUGGAAUGAGGUAUUUGAGUUUGUAGUGUAUGAAGUCCCUGGGCAGGACCUGGAGGUGGACCUGUAUGACGAGGAUCCCAACAGGGACGACUUCCUGGGCAGCCUACAGAUCUGCCUCGGGGAUGUCAUGACGAACAGAGUGGUGGAUGAGUGGUUUGUCCUGAACGACACAACCAGCGGGCGGCUGCACCUGCGGCUGGAGUGGCUUUCACUGAUCGCCGACCCAGAAGCUCUGAUCGAGGACCAAGGUGGCCUCUCAACUGCCAUCCUCGUGGUCUUCUUGGAGAGUGCCUGCAACCUGCCGAGAAACCCUUUUGACUACCUGAAUGGUGAAUAUCGAGCCAAAAAACUCUCCAGGUUCACCAAGAAUAAACUCAGCAGAGAUCCUUCUUCCUAUGUCAAGCUAUCUGUGGGCAAGAAGACACAUACGAGCAAGACUUGUCCCCACAGCAAGGACCCAGUGUGGAGCCAGGCGUUCUCCUUCUUUGUGUCCAACGUGGCAGCUGAGGAGCUGCACCUGAAGGUGCUAGACGAUGACCAAGAGUAUGCUCUGGGAGUGCUGGAGUUCCCCCUGUGCCAGAUUCUACCCUAUACAGACCUCACCCUUGAGCAGCGCUUUCAGCUGGACCACUCAGGCCUGGACAGCCUCAUCUCCAUGAGGCUGGUGCUUCGGUUCCUGCGCGUGGAAGAACGAGAGAUGGGGAGCCCAUACACAGGACCUGAAGCCCUAAAGAAAGGUCCUCUGUUCGUUAAGAAGGUGGACACCAACCAGGAUCCCAAAGCCCCAUCCCAGGGAGAGUGCCCUGCAAAUUUGCCAUGCCCCCCAGAUCCUGCUUCUGAUACCAAAGAAAUCUCCAAGAGCACCAUGACAACCACCAGGGCCACUAUUGUUGCCACCGAGCCCACGCCCCAAGAGACAGGCCCAGAGCCCAAAGGCAAGGACAGUGCCAAAGGGUUCUGUGAGCCCUUGGGGAAGAAGAGGAGUUCAGCCACCAUCUUCCUGACUGUCCCAGGCCCCCACUCUCCAGGGCCCAUCAAGUCACCCAGACCCAUGAAAUGCCCUGCCUCCCCACUCGCAUGGCCGCCCAAGAGGCUGGCUCCCAGCAUGUCCUCGCUCAACUCCCUGGCCACCUCCUGCUUUGACCUGACAGAUAUCAGCCUCAACCCUGAGUAUGCACCUCUCUGCUUAAUCUUGUCUACAAUGACCUGUGUGAAAAAUACAUUCCUGGAUGGAAAAGUAUAUAUACAGACUCACUUUUCUCUAGGCGGGGAGCUCAGGCGGCGGAGGCUGGGUGAGGUGCAGCUCACCGUGCGUUACGUGUGUCUGCGGCGCUGCCUCAGUGUGCUCAUCAAUGGCUGCAGAAACCUGACACCCUGUACCAGCAGUGGGGCUGAUCCCUAUGUCCGUGUCUACUUGUUACCGGAGAGGAGGUGGGCAAGUCGUAAGAAGACCUCAGUAAAACGGAAGACCCUGGAACCCCUGUUUGAUGAGACAUUUGAAUUUUUUGUUCCCAUGGAAGAAGUAAAGAAGAGGUCACUAGAUGUCGCAGUGAAAAACAGUAGGCCACUUGGCUCACACAGAAGGAAGGAGCUAGGAAAAGUACUGAUUGACUUAUCAAAAGAGGAUCUGAUUAAGGGCUUCUCACAAUGGUACGAGCUGACUCCAGAUGGACAGCCCAGAAGUUGAUGAGCACCCUCACUACCUUUAUAGUAAAAUGUGUACAUAUGUAUAUUUUGUAAUUUAAAUCAGAACAGCCAUUUGAAAAUAUAUACAUACAUUUUUGUGUGAAAUUUAAGUACAUGACUGGAUAAUAUUAGGGAGAGGUAAAUGUAUAUAAAAGCAAGUACUGUUCUCUCUCAGUUGGAUUUAAUUGUUCAAAUCCAGAAAGAAAUGGGGUAUUCAUACUUAAUAAAUUAUCAGAACCUCAGUGGUGAUUUUUUUAUGUAGGUAAUUACACACCACCAUAUAACUUGGGAUUUGCCCAAAUGUAUGUGUCCAAAGUGUCCUGUCUCAGACAUAAGGGGUGAAGGAGGUCUGUUCCUGGAGCAACUACCAGUAUUCCUGGGAAGUGACUGACCAAGGGAAGAGGCUUCUUUUAUGGGAAUAAAAAACGACCCACACUAAAAGUGCCAAAAGCCAACACUACCUAAACCCUUCUGGUCCUUCUGCCACCUCUGGUACUUUGCUGCCAGGAAAUUUGUUCCUGUAUCUACUGUAGAACUAACAUGUACUUUUCUGAUGGCAACAAUGUUAUAGUGAUAUACCUAAAUACCCUGAGUUAAAUACUCCAGUGUGGGAUGGCCUGGCCCCAAACUCCAGCACAUGGCCUCAUUUCCAUAGGAAAAAGCAAACCAAACCCCAAGCCCAGGUCUACAUCUCCACUCCCACAGCAGAGCAUGAGAGAAUGCUGCAGAGUGUUAGUGCCAGAGGAAGAAGGAGCUUCUUGUCUGUCUCUCAGAUGGUUUGGCAAUUCUAUUCCACUUUUCUAAGACAUGGCUGGUUCACCUAAAUAGUAUUUAAAAGCAAAAUAUGUAAAUUGCACAAAUGCCUCUUUUGCAUUUCAAACUUUAUAACACCAAAUAUUCUUAUCCUCUCUGAUGUUAUCCUAGAGUUACCCUUGAGUUCGCAUCCUUUUCUCUUCACUCAGGCAACAGCCCCUGCCAUCAGUUUCCUGGUCCCCUCCCCCACACUGCCUUCACUGCUGCUUUUCUGAAGAAUGGUAACAUCUUUAAGUUUCUGUUAUGUUACUCUCUCUUAUAAAUUAUCCAUGAUUUCCUGUUUUCUAGAAGAAUAACACCCAAUCCUUAAUUUGUCCUUUAAACCUAACAAUCUAGCCCCCAGUGUUUUACAACUUUAUGUGCAGAUGCUCUAUUCCAGAAUAGUCUAUGUAUCAUAUCCUGCCUACUCAAAUCCUAUCCUCUUCAAAAGCCUUGUCUCAAAACCCACCUCUAUUGUGCCAGUCCACACUGAAAUGGCCUUUCCCCCACCUCCUACAGCAUUUACUGUCAAUGCUGUGUAUUUUUUAAUAAUUCCCUGCCUUGUAACAUUUAAUUAUUAAAAAGGCUUAUUAGAUAUCUAUGAAGAUCACAUAUUAGGCAACUACGCAUAUUGUUUGAAAUUUAAUGUUUGUUUACUGUCCAUCCAGUUGAAGUUACUGUAAUUGAUUUUCAGCCCCCAUCAUCCAAGACUAUGCUAAGUA